CCUCCAAUGAGCGAGAGCCUCCGCGACUUCGCCCCGCCCCGGAAGUGUCUACGCGGAAGUCAGUCUUAAAGGGGCCGCGCGGAGUUACAGGGCCUUACACCAGCAACCAGAGCGAUGGCGAAGCCUGGACAUGCCUGGAGCCGUCCUAAAUCAGAGGAGGAAGAGGAGGAGGACCCGGUGGACGCCCUGGUGUCACGGUCGGGCUGCGCAGCUCAGCACUGGGCGCUGCAGGAGUGCAUGGCGGAGCAGCGGGACUGGCGGCGCUGCCAGGCUCAGGUCCAGGCCUUCCGGCAGUGCAUGGCCCGGCAGCAGCGCCCACACCCCGAGGAGCUGCACCCCGACCCACCCCAUCGCUCCCCCCACGGGGAUUGAGGCCCCCAGGACUGAACCCCACAUGGGGACACCGCACUGGGCACCCCGACACCUCUAUCCAUUCCCCAGAGUUGUGGGCUGUGCUGUGGGACGUGUUUCCUUUUAUUUUUCCUAUAAUUUUCUUUGAAGUGGGUUGUUACCUUGGUUAAAUCAUCUUCAUUUUAAGCCAGGAAAUUAAAUCUGAUGGCAUUUGUCCUCCCA